GGGUUCACUUAUUUUGAAAGAGUAGGCUUUAACACCAACAAAGGGGAAUUGCUGCCCCUAAUUAGAACGCUGAUCAGGAUAUGGUUCACGGUUGGGGUCAUGAACUCGAUUCUAAACUACUCCUUUUCUGAGCCUCAUCACCACCCAGAAUAUUUUCCUUCCCCCAAUUUGAUUGCCAAGCGUUGUAGGAAGAUUAGAAUGUCAUGCUCAGUCUCAAACCAACUCACCUCUUCAAGCACUGCUCCUCUCUUCUUCAACAACGGCUCUACUGUUCACCCACGUGGUCUCAUGAACCCAACGACUUUAACUACCUUAACCACCUUCUAUCCAAUCAGAUCUCUUCCCUAAAAACCCUCCUCCAAUCCCAUGCAUUCAUCAUCACAAGUGGGUAUUCAAAUAACAUCUUCAUUGCGUCAAAGCUCAUCUCCCUGUAUGCUUCUUUUCACAAACCCAGUUGCUCCACCGAACUGUUUGAUGAAAUUCCCCAUAGAGACGCCUUUCUUUGGAACUCCAUUAUCAAAGCCCAUUUCUCCAAUGGGGAAUACUCAAGAGCCCUUGAUUUUUAUCAGUGGAUGAGGGCCUCUGAGGCUCUGCCCAACCAUUUCACCAUCCCCAUGAUUGUUGCCUCAUGCGCGGAGCUUGAGUUGGUGAAUUAUGGGAGGAGCAUUCAUGGCUUAGUGUCAAAACUAGGCCUUUUUUCAGGUAGUUCAGCGGUUGGAUCCUCUUUUGUGUAUAUGUAUUCGAAAUGUGGAGUUUUGGAGGAGGCAUAUGGUGUGUUUGACGAGAUUUUGUUUAGGGAUGUUGUUGCUUGGACAGCUCUUGUAAUUGGGUGUGUGCAGAAUGGGGAGAGUAAGAUGGGUUUAGAGUGUCUUUGUGAGAUGCAUAGGAUUGGUGGAGAUGGGGAGAGACCAAAUUUUAGGACAUUGGAAGGGGGGUUUCAAGCUUGUGGGAAUUUGGGAGCUUUGUUAGAAGGCAGAUGCUUGCAUGGUUUAGUGGUGAAAACUGGGAUGGACUAUUCCCAAGUUGUUCAAUCUUUGCUUUUAUCCAUGUAUUCCAAGUGUGGGAACCCUGAAGAAGCUCAUCGUUCAUUCUGUGAAGUGCUAAAUAAAGAUAUUAUUUCAUGGACGUCAAUGAUUAGUGCUUAUUCAAGAAUGGGGUGGGCAACUGAAUGCAUAGAUAUGUUUUGGGAAAUGCUGGUUUCUGGAAUAUAUCCUGAUGGAAUUGUUAUCAGUUGCAUGCUUUCUAGUUUCAGUAAUUCCAUGAGGGUGUUUGAAGCAAAGGCUUUUCAUGGACUAAUUAUUAGGAGGCACUAUACAUUAGAUCAGAUGGUCCAGAAUGCAUUAUUAUCAAUGUACUGUAAAUUUGGAUUCUUAAAACUUGCAGAGAAGUUCUUUGGUAGAGUAAAUGAACAGAACUUUGAGGCUUGGAACUUGAUGGUUUCUGGAUAUGGCAAAAUAGGACUAAUAAUGAAAUGCAUAGGGCUUUUCAGAGAAAUGCAAUGCCUUGGCAUUGAAUCUGAUUCAAACAGUUUAGUUUCUGUGGUUUCUUCAUGUUCCCAAUUGGGAGCAACCCAUCUAGCCCGGUCCAUUCAUUGCUAUAUGAUAAAAAAUUUGAUGGAUGAGAAUGUCUCAGUUAACAAUUCACUGAUAGAUAUGUAUGGAAAAUCUGGGAAUUUGACCAUUGCCAGGAGAAUAUUCUGUAGGAUACCAAGAGACAUCGUCACCUGGAACACUUUAAUCUCUUCUUAUGCUCAUUGUGGGCAUUUUGCUGAAGCCUUGUCAUUAUAUGAUAAAAUGGUUUUAGAAGAUCUAAAACCCAACUCUGCAACGUUGGUAAGCGUGCUUUCAGCUUGUUCUCAUCUUGCAUCUUUGGAGGAAGGAGAGAAAGUUCACAAUUACAUCAAUGGAGGAAAGUUUGAGUUCAAUUUAUCUAUCGCUACUGCAUUGAUUGAUAUGUAUGCUAAAUGUGGACAACUGGAGAAAUCAAGAGAAAUUUUCAAUUCAAUGCAUGAAAGAGAUGUUAUCACUUGGAACGUGAUGAUCUCAGGUUAUGGAAUGCAUGGAGAUGCCAGAUCCGCAAUAGAAUUUUUCCAACAGAUGGAGGAAUCAAGUGCCAAACCAAAUGGACUUACCUUUCUUGCUGUUCUCUCAGCUUGUGCUCAUGCAGGGCUUGUCAAAGAAGGGAAGUAUUUAUUUGGUAAAAUGCAAGAUUAUUCUGUGGCACCCAAUUUGAAGCAUUAUGCUUGUAUGGUAGAUCUUCUUGGCAGGUCAGGUAAUCUGCAGGAGGCUGAAGCUUUAGUUCUUUCAAUGCCCAUUUCUCCUGAUGGUGGUGUGUGGGGUGCUCUGUUAAGUUCUUGCAAAAUUCACAAUGAAAUUGAGAUGGGAAUAAGGAUUGCAAAGCAUGCUAUUGAUUCAGAUGUGGAAAAUGAUGGGUAUUAUGUGAUGAUUUCCAACAUGUAUAGCUCUAUUGGGAAAUGGGAGGAGGCUGAAAAGGCAAGAGGAAUAAUGAAGGAAAGGGGAGUGAGAAAGAAAACUGGCUGGAGUGCAGUGUAGCUAAUUAAGAAGUGGGCAUCAAUUGUGGGUGGGGACGUCUUCCUACUGCAAUUUUGAUAAGCAUAUAAGAGGCACUAGGAUCCAGAAGCAAGAUGAAGUUAAAACUGUGAUGGUACUAAUUCAAGUUGCAUGUUUACAACAGUUCUGUCAUGGCAACUCCAAUGCUAACUUCAGGUGUGGUAGUUAUGCAUGUGCUUAACUCAAUUUGCCCAUUGUUUUUAGUACUCCCUGAUACAGUCUUGAAUGUUCUCCUGAUAUGAUAGUUAAACCUUAAUGCAACUGAUUUCCCAUACCCAAAAAUUCAGAAUUCUGAAGGGGGGAAAACUAGGCUAGCAACUUCCACAGCAGCAGUUCCAUUAUUGAAUGAAGAAGGUCCUUUUGAAGUCCAACUUUAAGCAAAAAGCUCAAUAGCUGCAUGGAAUAUAAAGUCUACAAAGGUCAUCCUUUUUUGCUCAAGGUCUGGCUGCAGUCUUUCUACACGAGCUACUUGGGCUGGUGCUUGGCAGCGUUAAGCGCUUGUGACUGAAAAAAUGAGCAAGUACGAGGGCGAUGGCAGUGUUGGUGGCUGUGGUGGUGAUUGGUACUUGGGGGGAUCUCAUGCUAACUGCAGACAUGACUCCUAGCCAGCCCAGAGUAAAGACGAGAGAACCCUUGUUGCCAAUGCAUGCCAGCCACUGAUCAAUGACCGGAAUCCUUCUACGGUGACUCACUGUCAUUCGAUGAAAGAGACAGUAUUCAGCUUAAUAAGAUCUCAGAAUCCAGUUAAGUUUUGUGUCACUAUGAAGCAUCCAUUGUAUGAAUAAAUAAUAGAAUAUUGUUCAUAUUGGGUUCUAGCUCUGCCUACUAAAAACAUGUUUUGCGUUUAACUUUAUAUUUACCAUUUUUAGAAAAAGUGGGAUUGAUGUUUUUUCAAAA